CAGGCAAUUUAACCAAUGUGUAGAAUUUUAUUAAAGUCGAAUGUGGUCUGGAACGAUGAAUUGCGAAGGCAUUGUGACGUGUGGAAAGAGUUUGUGUAGAACACGUUCAAAUGAUUUCCUUCAUCAUUGACUUUGUACCGCGUAUACGUGUGCGUUUCUCGAAAAUUUAGGCACAAUCAUUAAAAUGUGGUUCCCUGUUCUUGUGAACAGUAUGCUGUCAGUAGUGGCAUAUGUAGUUACAUUAAGAAUUAUACCACGUUUUAAAGAUAUGUUUGUUAAAGCAGAUUUGUAUGGUGUGGAUAUGAGUAAAAGUAGAAAAGAAAAGAUACCAGAAGCUUUAGGUGUUGUAACAGGAUGUGUUUUCUUAAUCACACUUUUUAUCUUCAUUCCUGUUCCAUUCAGUCAGUCUAUACUGAAGAAUGCAGAUUUUCCCCAUGAUGAGUUUGUUGAGCUGUUAUCAGCUCUGCUGUCAAUUUGCUGCAUGCUUCUCCUGGGUUUUGCAGACGAUGUUCUAGACUUGAGAUGGAGGCACAAGCUGUUGCUGCCUACUAUAUCAUCUCUUCCACUUUUGAUGGUCUAUUAUGUUAAUUUUAAUUCAACUACCAUUAUAAUUCCUAAACCUUUCAGACCAUGGUUUGGAUUUUCCAUUAGUCUAGGAAUUCUGUACUAUGUGUACAUGGGCAUGCUGGCAGUGUUUUGCACCAAUGCCAUCAAUAUAUUAGCAGGCGUGAAUGGACUGGAAGUGGGUCAGUCUGUUGUAAUAGCUGCGUCCAUCACCGUGUUUAACAUAAUUGAAGUGGGUGGCGACUUGUGGAAAGCACAUCAGUUUUCACUCUACUUCAUGCUGCCUUAUAUAGCUACAUCCAUUGCGUUAUUACAACACAACUGGUAUCCUUCAAGAGUGUUUGUUGGAGAUACAUUCUGCUACUUCUCUGGCAUGACAUUUGCCGUAGUUGGAAUCUUAGGCCACUUCAGCAAGACAAUGCUUCUUUUCUUCCUGCCUCAAGUUAUCAACUUUGUGUACUCUGUUCCGCAACUCUUCCAUCUGGUGCCCUGCCCAAGACAUCGUUUGCCAAGUUACGACAUUCGAACGGACAAGCUGGAAGCCAGUGUUACCAGAUUCAAGAUGUCAGAUUUAAAUUAUCUCGGUAAAUUGAGUAUGACGGCGUUGAAAGUACUACACUUGGUCCACUGGGAAGAAAAAAAGUACUGCACAAAUGACAAGGAGACGUAUGUUGAAUGCAAUAAUCUCACACUCAUCAACUUUGUGCUGAUUCGGAAUGGACCUACACAUGAGGCAACACUCACCACCAUCUUGCUUGCUAUCCAGGUUCUUUGCAGCGUUCUUGCAUUUAUAAUCCGCUAUCCACUGGCAUCGCUCUUCUAUGAUGUUUAGCAGACUGGCAUUGUGCAGCUUUCAUGCCAAACAUGAUUCCACAAUUUUAUUUAUGCUCGAGUGUUUCACAUAGAAGAAUAAUAUUAAUCACAUUACUCGGAAUGAACUGGAACUUCAUUAAGACUAUGAAGUAUGCUAUAAUGUUCUAGUAACUUUACAUCUGUUUUGGUUAUUAAUUUUGUCACUGUAUAUAGAAUUCUGUUUCUCUGCUUUGUAUAGAAGUACAUGUACAUAGUAGGCUAUGAACAAGUGAAUGGCCUUUUUAAUAUUUUAAUGUGAAAAUGUGAGAUAAGUGUUUGCCAGGACUGUUAGGAACAUUUUCAGUGAUGUGGUUGACAUAAUUAUUUCUUGUGCAUAGAAUUCCAUUAUUAAUGCAAUAUGUAGAAUCAAUUCCAGACACUCUCUUUCCAGGGAUUUCUUUAAUUAGUAAUUCAGUGCUUUUAAAAUGUUUUGAAAUAGCAUUGGCAUUAAUGCCUAGAUGUGCAUGAGUAAAAUCAUCAUUUGUAAAAGAGACCUCUAGACUUCAUACUCUUCACUUUAAAUAAUUUAGGGAAUGAAAACAUUAUCCAGAAUUAGCUACAUUAUAAAAUGAUUUAUAUAUUAUUUCCAUAAUCUUAUGGCUGAUACAAUAGUUGGAUGUGUGAAAUGUCAUUAGUAUUUAUCAGCAAAUGCAAUUUUUUUUACAAGCAGGAUAAUAAUUAUCGAUAUACGCCAGUUUAGUAAAAUUGUGUCCAAAUGCUGUCAUAACUGAAACUGUUGAAUCAAUAAAUUCUGGGUCAGAGCA